GUCCUGACAUUCUUCUUCACAUUUCCACACUCUUGUUCUUUCUUUACAUGGCUGUUGCUUCGGACUCAUUUACCUCCACAACAGCUACUGUAGAGAAGACGACUCAAACAGUUCAUUCCAACCCUACUAUCAUCAAUACACAACCUCUCCUGUCAAAAGCAUCUCUUUUUCCUAUUCAUUAUCCUCACAGCGCCACAUCCUUUUUAUCUGCACGUUCACCAGCAGCAAUAGUACCUUACCCAACACCUGAUGGUACAACCAAUCUUCAUAUCAAACGAAAAAAAGCCAAGGAUGCUACUUCUGUAGGUGGUUCAACAGCUAUUGCUCGAACAUUGAUGCUUCAGGGACUUUAUUUAUUUUAUCGGACACCAGUCAAGUUAUUUCGACCUCUUCGUAUAGACUACUUAAUCAUGGCUCGUGCUCUUUUACCUAUAGAUGAAGCCUCUAAACGAUUUUCUUUUCGAUAUACUUCUAUUGGAAUGAUCACUCAUGCUGUCAAGACAAGAGGAUGGAGCUUUUUACCGAAACAUGUAUUCCCACCAUUGAUUGCCAAUACUGUGAUUGGUACUGUAUUGUAUACAACCUAUAUCGCCACUUUACCUUUAUUCCAUCCACCAUCAGCAUAUCAACUUCAUCGUCCAUUUCCACCACCACCUUAUAGUUCUGUAUUUUUAGCUGGAUGUCUAGCAGGAGCAGCACAGUCAAUCAUAGCUACACCUAUCGAUUCACUUAAAGUACGAUUUGAAGUCAACGAUCUAUUAGAAGGAAAACAUCGAUCUCUUUAUCAAUUUGCAAAAACGACAUUAAAGGAUUUGGGAAUUGCUAGUGCUUAUCGAGGAUUCACAUUGACUCUUUUAAGGGAUUCGUUGGCUUGUGGAUUAUUCUUUGCAACAUUUGAAUGGGUAAAACAACAAGGUUAUUACUACUAUUUGGAUGAAAUGUAUGGAUUACAUGUAGUAUCAUCAAAAACACUUCAAGAUUUGGAAAUAUCAUGGAAGGAACAAGUCAAUGAUCUAAUUCAUCACCAUCCUACAAAAGAUCCUCUCAAUGAUCAAACCAUCACAACCAUAAAAAAGGAACGACCUCCACUUAUGUUAGAACCUAUAUUUGUCAUUUUGGCAGGUGCAGCCGCGGCAGUGGCGUAUCAAUUAAUAGAUCAUCCAUUUGCCAAGAUCCAUAGUAUAUUCUAUAUCGAAGAAGGUCAAUCUGAAUUCACUCACAAAUCCAAACGAGAACCUGUCAACGUACUCUAUCGGCGCACGUGGGAACAAUGUCAACGUCAGGUGAAAUUAAAUGGUGGCAGCUGGAUCAAGUUCCUAUAUCAAGAAUUUGGAAGUACGGUACUCAAGGUGGUACCUGCAACAAGUGUGGGUUUCUUGGUAUUUGAAUUGGUCAAACGGGAAGUUGAUUUUCGAAGCAUGAAGUUUGAACCUUUUCAAUCAUCUACCAUUUCCGAUGAAUAGUUAAUAUAGAUAAUAGAUUUUUUUUUUUUCAUACU